AUUUCGAACAAGUCGGUGAUCAGAUACAAAUUGUUGUCAUGUAUUUAUAAAGUAAUUGAAAUAAAUUAUAUGAAAGCGUUCAUACGAAAUUUAUAAACAAUGAGGGAAACACCGUUAUCAAAUUGUGAACGAAAUUUUAUAAAUAGAGCAAUUGCCGAAGAUACGCGUUUGGAUGGACGACAACUACUGGAAGCUCGUCCUGUGGAAAUCCAUUUUGGAGCCAACUGGGGCUGUUGUCAUGUAGCUCUGGGCGAAACCAAAGCGAUUGCCCAAGUUUCCUGCGACAUUCAGCAGCCCAAGGCAUCUCGUCCAAAUGAAGGCAUGCUACAUAUCAAUGUGGAGUUUAAUCCUAUAGCUGCCCCACACUUUGAAGCCGGCAGACAAUCUGAAAUUGCAAUGCAAGUUAACAGGCAGUUGGAAAAAUGCUUCAAAGACUCUAGAUGCAUCGACUUGGAGUCUCUUUGUAUCGUGGCAGAUGAGAAGGUAUGGAACCUGCGGGUAGACGUCAACAUUCUCAAUCACGAUGGCAACCUUGUUGAUUGCGCUUCAAUUGCUAUCCUAGCUGCCCUGACACAUUUUCACAGACCGGAUGUCACUACCACUGGUGAUUCAAUAACUAUCCACUCGUUUGCCGAGAAAGAUCCGCUUCCGCUGACGUUACAUCACUAUCCAGUAUGCGUUUCGUUUAUUGUCUUUGAAAGUGGUCAAAUUGUUAUGGAUCCUACUUAUAUGGAAGAGAGAGUAGGUGCGUCGCAAUUGACACUAGGAUUAAACUCUUACAGAGAGCUUUGCAGUUUGCAGCUCUGCUAUUUGGGCAAGACAUCUGUUACGGCUGAUGUGGUACCGAGCAUUUCACCCCAUGCAGCUAAUUAUGCUAACAAAUUAGUUAUGCAGAUUAGAAAUGCAGCACAGCAAGAUGUCCAAGCAAAGUACAACAAAGAAGAUAGCGAUGUAUGCCGAUUGAAGGAGUGCAUUACAUUCGGAAAAUUGACGGCAAUGACAACACCCAAGCUCAGUAUUAAACUUGCACACUGGAUUUCUGGGAAAAGUAGCCCCAAAAGUGAUAUGGAGACCAGUGACUUCCAAGAUGAGGAUGACAAUAUCAAUACACUUGGGCAUGGAUCUGCUGAGCUCAUUACCAAUAUGAGUAAAUCAGUCGGAGAAGGAGGCCCUAAUACUUGGCAGGCAUCCGAGGAAUCCUCUGAUGAUGAAAUCGAAGAUAUUGAAGUCUUGCAGGAAACGAAACCAGAGAAAAAAGUGUUGGACGCUAUAGAUUUGGGUGACGACAGCGAAGAGGAAGAUACGGGAACCGUCAGCAAAAAUGAUAUCAUGUAGUUUAAUAGAAAAAUAUUAUCCCGAACAUUUUUUGCAUUCAUCUUCACGUGACAAUUUCUCUUAUUCCCCGUUUCAGAACAUGCAUUGAUACAUUUGACAGAGUUCAAAGCUUGUGAUGAUACAUGAAUUAAAAUUACGAAGAAUCUGUGAUAUGAACUGUUUGCUCUGUACACAAUUUUUAUUCUAUUUUUUAUUUCACAAUCAGCAAACUCAGAUUGUGUGAAGACAUACACGGAAAUGGAAAACUUUUUGCAAAAGGAAGUGAAAAAGCAAUAAGUUUUUGUAAAAAUGUAUCUGCGUUGAAUAUGGUACACCAUAAAUCUUAUCUGCAAAUAUUUUGUAGGGGAGUGGCUGGAAAAAUGGGUCCCUUGAGGGAGGAAUAACAGGCGAAUUUCGACAACUUCAUUUUUUUGUCUUGACCUAAAAAUACGUUUCAAGCGUUAUCGACAUUUUUUCAAAUCCCAUUUGAACGUACAGGGGCUCAAUUUGCCGGCCUCUCCCCUAUAAAGUUCUUUCAUAUUCGUAUCUAAAUUCAAUAUCACCAAACAUUUUCCCUCAAUUCGUCGAUAUUAUUGCACUUCACGUUAUUUGAUUUUUUCCCGUAAGAAUUUACACUGAAUUACUCAAGUAAAACGAAUUGAAGUUUG